UUCUGGCACCACCAUAUACGAAUGCCGUCCGGCUGCUGAUUUGACAGCAACAGCGUAAACGCACUUCCCUGGACCAUUUCAGCAAUCCGGAGUCGGUGCAUACAACAUACCAACCAUGUAUUCAAUAAGGGUUAGAACGGAAACUUGGUUAUCAUUCUACAACAUACACCUAAUCUUAGUCGGCUUCAACAUUGGAGGAACUCACGUACAUAGCAUUUGGGACGACGAGCAGCUAUUAUUCAGUUCUGGUAAUAUUGCAUUGGGUUGCGGGUGUCUUCUUUUCUUUUUCUCAACACAUACACGAACUCUCCUUACAUUGCCCGACUUCCGACACGGGAUUCCGACUCCCUCUCAUUGGGACACCUGUUCCCAGGACCUCUGAAUCCAGACUAAGGCGCGGUAUACCCUGCGUUGCGUUGCUAAGCAGGCACUCUGUAAACUUUGACCAGCUUUGCAUUACUGCCAGGGUUAUAUACAAGUCGAUGACG